AUGGUCAACGCGGGUGCAAUUGUGGUAGCCUCACUGAUGAAGCGUGGUUCACCGCUCGCCGAUCGUUUUGAUUCAGCACUUCAGAAACUGAAAAGCUUUGCUGCCGGCGGGCAUGUUGGCUUCGACAAUGCCGUUUAUCUCUCUGAACGUGAAACGGGCGAUCGUAAUUAUGCCCUCGCCUAUUAUAUGCGUGAACAUGGAUGCUUUCCGUCAAAUAUCAGUUUGCAGGAAAACUUGGAUCUCUAUUUUCAACUGUGCGCAAUUGAGACCAACGUGGAUACACUGGCCGGAAUGGCGGCUACAUUGGCGAAUGGUGGAGUAUCUCCGCUAAGUGAAGAGCGAGUGGUGUGCAAUCGUGCUGUCCGUGAUACUUUAUCACUGAUGUAUUCAUGCGGAAUGUACGAUUACUCGGGCAAAUUUGCUUUUCAGGUUGGCUUACCGGCAAAAAGUGGUGUUUCUGGUUGUAUGAUUAUGGUUGUACCAAAUGUUAUGAGUAUUUGCUUAUAUUCACCACCACUUGAUGCCCUUGGUAACACUGUUCGUGGAGUCGCAUGCCUUUUACUCGGUGCGAAUAUUGCUGGACGAGAUUAUGAUGAUCGAACAGUACUCCAUGUUGCUGCUGCAAAUGGCAAUGAAAAUGUUCUGAAAUUUCUGCUUAAACGAUGGCAGGAAAGUCCUGAUCCAGUAGAUCGAUUUGGGCGGAAACCGAUUGAUGAUGCCAUUACAUUCGGACACGAAAGUUGUGCUGAAAUUCUGCGUACAGCUUUACAAAACUACGAACAGCAACACAUGAAUAUGAAAAAUUCGGAGGCUAAGCAGCCUUGA